AUGACGACGUCACCGCAAAUCGCGUGCGCAUUAUUAUCGAUCAAUUUAAUUCUAGAUAGCUACAGAUUAACUAUAUCAAGUGUCACAAAUUUUACUACUGGAACUUCUUUAAAUUAUGAAAUUGGAUAUUGUGGUGCAUAUGGAAGUAAAUUUGCUAUUCAGUUACUACAAAGCGUAGAAAUUUAUAGUAAUCGAUGUACAAUUCAAAUUGAAUAUAAAACAAGUUCAAAUUUUCCUUCAUUAUAUUGGCUAACGCCUGAGCAAACUGCCGAUGGUGAACAUCCCUUUCUACUGUCUCACAACAAGUUAACUAUGCUAGAGCAUGGUUUCCCUGCCAGGAUACACCGUCUGUCAAAUCUACAUACACUGCUAUAA